AUGAUAACAAUAAAGAAGAGAUUAUAUCAAGUAACAAAAAUUCAAUGUAUUAUCAGUUCGAUCAUAUUUCUUUUAGCCUUUUUACUUAUUUUUCAUAAUGAUUUACAAAUAAAAUGGAUUGUUGAUGCAUCUUUUCAAAGCGCACCAUCAGUACGGAUGAAAAGAUCCGCGAUUGAAUUACUUUCAUUAUAUGAAGAAGCAUUAUCUCAUAGAGAAAAAAGUUCAUUUCAACCAAUGUUUCAUAAUCAUUAUUUAUCAUUAGAAUUAAAUUUAACAUCCAUGAUUAAAGAUUAUUGGAAUUAUUCAAAAGAUGUUUCUAAAAAUAAAAUUGAUCAUGUUAAAAUAACCUGUUUGAAAAGUUCGAAAACUAUGAAAGAUUUUCAUCCAAUUUGUCAUAUUUAUUUGAAUUUUCGCUUAAAUAUCUUUAAUUUGAAAGAAGUAAGUUUCAUUUUUUUAUCCCAAAAUUCAAGUUGUCCAUUAUCAUUAAAAAAUACAUCAGACACUAUAUCUGUUGAUAUUCAUGGAAUGUUCUUGGCUGAUGACAAAUUUCGUUUUACUUAUCAAUGGUGGAGUUUUGAUCACGAAAAAUUAUUUUCUUGGUCUCAGUGGCCGCUAACAAUAUCAUGCUUAAGUUCUUGUUUAAAUCGAAAUAAAAGACAACCUUCAAAAUUACCUUUGACUUUCUUUCAAUGUUCUUCUAUCAAUACUUUAAUUCAUUCAACUUCACGAGAAUUAUUUAUUAGAGAACAGGAAGCUGUUUCAUAUUGGCUUGAUUUACAGAAUAGAGCGUCAAUUAAUAGAAACGUUUUCGAUAAAAAUAACGUGUCAACAAAACCAAGACGUCUAGCUCCAUUUGAAAUCGCAAAGAACAAUCAAGUAUGCCCACAGAAAUUUCAAAAUUGGAUUUUAAAUUAUCAAAAAUGGCAUGAAAAUAUUAGUUUUAGUAUUUGUAAUCGAUCCAUGACAUUCGAAGAACAAUUUCAACGUAUAAUUGAACUUGAUGUUCGUUUUUUAAUCUAUGCAAAAUCGACAACAGGUAUUGCUGAUAGAAUGAUCCAUUUCAUUACAACUUAUUUAGUAGCUUUAUUAACAAAUCGAUUCUUUAUAUUUGAUAAAAAAUGGCCAGAAUUUAUUGAUGUUAUGCAAUCAAGUUUAAAUUAUCAACCAAAUAUUGUGAUUCCUUGGCUUUCUCAAUUGAGUUCAAUUAAGAAAAACUUAUCUUUAAGUAUUCAAAAUAAUUUAACGAUCAAAGCUCAUCGAUUUUUAACUGAGCGAUAUAAAAAUGAUUAUGAUUAUGAUAAAGAUUUUCCUGAACGUAUUCUUAUAUUUAAAGGUCAUACAGGCGGUGUUAUACAUACAAUUAAAUCCAAUUCAAGUAUCUAUAGAAAAUUGUUAACUAUUGAUCUUGAAAUGAAUACAGAAAAUAUUUUUGGAUGUCUUUAUAAUUCACUUUUCACUUAUCGUUUAUCUCAAUUGAUUAAACGAUUUCCAUUAAAUUCUUCAAAUCCACAAUUAGGUCAUUCAUCUCAACAAGUUUUACAAACACUUUUAUCACCGAGAUUUUUUCCAAUUGGAAUUCAAAUUCGUGUUGGAGAUGAAACUAUGAUUCAAGCAAAUUCUAUUUCUGAUGAAGAAAAUCUCGAGAAAUUUAAAAACUUUUUUACAUGUUCAGAAGAUUUUAUUUAUAUGAAUGAGAAUUUAUUUCGUAAAACAAAUCAAAUUCCAAUUAUUUUUCUUUUAUCUGAUGAUCUUCAAAUACGUCGAGCUGCUUUAAAACGUUGGAAACUUUCAUUAGAAUGCUUUCUAUUGUCGAAAAAUAAAUGUCAGUCAAACAGUAGUCAUUUACAAAUUUUAGCCAAUUCCAAUCCGGUUUUACAUAUAUCACAUACAAAUAAUUCAAUGUUAGCUUUUCAAUUAGGAAUAUUUGAUAGUUUUCUUUUUAGUCUAUGUGAACAACAUAUAAUUACUACGAAAAGUAGAUUUGGCCGUUUUACAGUGUUUGCAUCAUUAAAACAACGAAAUGUUUAUUCAUUGAAUGUUGGUGAACAAUCUUCUUGUCACAAUCAAAGUUCUUCACUUGCAACUAUAGGUUAUCUAAGAUUGGGAAUUUAA